AUGGUGCCAAGUAAAGUCACCCUAUUCGCCGUGGUUGUACUGGCAGCUCUGUGCUGCUUGGCGGCUGCUCAAUACGGUGGCGGAGGCUACGGUGGUGGAAAAGGAAUAGGAGGAGGUGGUCUUGGCGGCAGACCAGGAUACGGUAGUGGAGGCUACGGCGGUGGAAAAGGAAUAGGAGGAGGUGGCCUUGGCGGCAGACCAGGAUACGGUGGCGGUGGCUACGGCGGUGGAAAAGGAAUAGGAGGAGGCGGUAUUGGUGGCGGACCAGGAUACGGAGGAGGUGGUAUUGGUGGCGGACCAGGAUACGGAGGAGGUGGCAUUGGUGGCGGCAAGCCAGGAAUCGGCGGAGGCAAGCCAGUUUUCAGAGGCGGCUAUGGACGAUAA